AUGUCGCGAAGAGCCUCUUCCCUCCUCCUAGCCCUGUUCACGGCCACGUUUUUCUACUUUGCGACGCAUGUCCGAUGGCGCGCCGUUCCGGCCCCGGCCCUCCCUAACUGGCGCCACCACUCCGGCUUGGCAAGCACCGCCGCCGCCAGCAACCUGACCGUCGACCUGGUGCUCGCGACGCUCGGGGCCGAUGACAUCUCGUGGACCGCGCAGCUGUCUAUCCCCAACCUGCGCGUCCUCCGCUACGUCAGCGACGACCCGGCCGCGCCGCUGCGGCCGCCCGUCCCGCGCAAGGGCCGCGAGGCGCUCAUCUACCACACCUACUUCCACGACUUCUACGACGACCUGCCGGACGUCUCCGUCAUGGCGCACGCCGAGGAGCGGCCCUGGCAUCUCGAGGGCGCGCUGCAGCAGUCGAUGCGCUUCGCCCUCGACCGCCUCGACCUCGAGCGCGCCCGCGCCCGCGGCUACGCGAACCUCCGCGUCAGCUGGGCCGACGCGUGCCCGGCCUGGCUCGACACCACCCGCACGCCGGAGACGGCGGACAAGCAGGAGGAGCCGUACAUGCGCGCGGCGAUGGCGGCCAACUUUGGCCUCGCCGAGGCGGAGGUGCCGCGCGUGCUGGCCGGGCCCUGCUGCUCGCAGUUCGCGGUCAGCCGGGAGGCGGUGCGGCGGCACCCGCGCGCGCAGUACCGUCGCAGCCGCGACUGGCUCGUCGAGACGCCGUGGUCCGACUACGUCGCGGGGCGCACCUGGGAGCACAUGUUCCAGUGGCUGUUCCGCGGCGCGGCGGUCGACUGCCCGCGCGAGGCGAGCGCGUACUGCGCCAUGUACGGGGUGUGCUUCGAGGGGGACAGCGAGGCGGCGCGCUACAACGAGCUGUGGCAGGAGAGGCGCGACCUGGAGGAGGCCACGGAGGUGCUGCGGGAGGUCCUGGACCCGCAGGAGGGCGUCAAGGCGAGGCGGCGCAUGGCGGAGCUUGAUGCAAUCCUGAGGCGAGAUAUUACCUUCGCGCUGGAGAGGGGCAUGGACGAAGCGACGAGAUCAGAAGCUUUUGACAAUCUUUGGGCUACGUAA